CACAAGCACAAGCAUCAAAACCAAGCAACACUAGUUAACACUAAUCCACCAUGAAGACCUUCCUCAUCUUUGCCCUCCUCGCCGUUGCGGCAACAAGUGCCAUUGCACAAAUUGAGAAUAGCCACAUCCCUGGUUUGGAGAAACCAUCGCAGCAACAACCAUUACCACUGCAACAAACAUUAUCGCACCACCAACAACAACAACCCGUCCAACAACAACCACAACCAUUUCCACAACAGCAACCAUGUUCACAGCAACAACAACCACCAUUAUCGCAGCAACAACAACCACCAUUUUCACAACAACAACCACCAUUUUCGCAGCAACAACAACCAUCAUUUUCGCAGCAACAACAACCACCAUUUUCACAGCAACAACCACCAUUUUCGCAGCAACAACAACCAGUUAUACCGCAACAACCAUCAUUUUCGCAGCAACAACUACCACCAUUUUCACAGCAACAACCACCGUUUUCGCAACAACAACAACCAGUACUACCGCAACAACCACCAUUUUCGCAACAACAACAACCAAUUCUACCGCAACAACCACCAUUUUCGCAACAACAACAACAACCAGUUCUACCGCAACAACAAAUACCAUUUGUUCAUCCAUCUAUCUUGCAGCAGCUAAACCCAUGCAAGGUAUUCCUCCAGCAGCAAUGCAGCCCUGUGGCAAUGCCACAAAGUCUUGCUAGGUCGCAAAUGUUGCAGCAGAGCAGUUGCCAUGUGAUGCAACAACAAUGUUGCCAGCAGUUGCCGCAAAUCCCCCAGCAAUCCCGCUAUGAGGCAAUCCGUGCUAUCAUCUACUCCAUCAUCCUGCAAGAACAACAACAGGUUCAGGGUUCCAUCCAAUCUCAGCAGCAGCAACCCCAACAGUUGGGCCAAUGUGUUUCCCAACCCCAACAGCAGUCGCAGCAGCAACUCGGGCAACAACCUCAACAACAACAAUUGGCAGGGUACCUUUUUGCAGCCACACCAGAUAGCUCAGCUUGAGGUGAUGACUUCCAUUGCGCUCCGUACCCUACCAACGAUGUGCCGUGUCAAUGUGCCGUUGUAUAGAACCACCACUAGUGUGCCAUUCGGCGUUGGCGCCGGAGUUGGUGCCUACUGAUAAGGAAAGGUCUCUAGUAAUAUAUAGUUGGAUCACCGUUGUUUAGUCGAUGGAUAUGUCGAUGCAGCGGUGACAAAUAAAGUGUCACACAACCUUGUGUGUGACCCGCCCAAACUAGUUGUUUAAAUUCUGAAAUAAAAUACAAAUAAAGUUGUAUCAA